CCCUCCGCCUGGGCGGAGCCGGCGCGGGAUCCGGGUGUCAGUGUUGGCGGUGGCGGCAGCUGUGGGGCGAGGGUCGCAGCCCUGUGCGGGCCGUAGCAACUUCGUGGGCGGAUCCUGGUGUGCAAGGCGGGACCCGAGAUCCCACUGAGAUGGCAUCCGCUAGUGACCCCCCCACCAGCCCAAGGGAUGCUGCUGACCAGAACUUUGACUACAUGUUCAAACUGCUCUUGAUCGGGAACAGCAGCGUGGGCAAGACGUCCUUCCUGUUCCGCUAUGCUGAUGACUCCUUCACCCCUGCCUUUGUGAGCACAGUGGGCAUCGACUUCAAGGUCAAGACGGUCUACCGACAUGACAAGAGGAUCAAGCUGCAGAUUUGGGACACAGCAGGCCAGGAGCGCUACCGGACAAUCACCACGGCCUACUACCGCGGAGCCAUGGGCUUCCUGCUCAUGUAUGACAUCGCCAACCAGGAGUCCUUCACCGCGGUGCAGGACUGGGCUACGCAGAUCAAAACCUAUUCCUGGGACAAUGCCCAGGUAAUCCUCGUGGGGAACAAGUGUGACCUGGAAGACGAACGGGUCGUGCCCACUGAGGAUGGCCAGAGGCUCGCCGAUGAUCUCGGUUUUGAGUUCUUUGAGGCCAGCGCCAAGGAGAAUAUCAAUGUGAAGCAGGUGUUCGAGCGCCUGGUGGACAUCAUCUGUGACAAGAUGAAUGAAUCCCUGGAACCCAGCUCCAGCCCAGGCAGCAAUGGAAAAGGCCCAGUCCUUGGGGAUACCCCACCCCCACAGCCGAGCAGCUGCAGCUGUUAGGUUCGGCCCCUUACCUCCCACACCUGUCCCUUCUUGCCUCUUCAAGGACAGCAGCCAAGGUGUGAGCUAUGGGGACUGUCUUUCAGCUCAGGGCACCCUUGCCUCUGGGCCACUUCCCCCUCCUCUCGCACAAGUUCAUGUCCCUUUCUCUCCAUGUCAGAAAGCUCAGACAGUCCUGGUUAGAGCCCACACACCCCGGGCUCUGCUCAGCAUUGUCUGAGGGGUCGGUGUACCCUCACGGCUGCUUGCUGCUACCCACGGCAUCGCCUUCUCUGAGUGAGAGAGGGGAUGUUCAUGCCUUCUGCCUUAGAACCAUUUCUCAGGUCUACUCUUCAUAUCACUGGCUGAAGAUGUCACCUGGCAUGGGUCGCUGUCCAACUUAGUCCUGGCAGCCUCUCUAUCUCAGAUCCACCAGUUUGGCCUUGAAACCUGCCUGUGAACUGACUGCUAGCCAAGGACACGGGCAGGGCUGCAGUCUCUAUCCUCUGCCUCCCUGGCAUCUACCGGAAGGGAAAGCCUGCUUUCUGGUUAGAGAAGGCACAGAGUCGGAACCACCCCUGGCACCGGGAACUCUCCACAGUGCCUUCCAAGCCUCCCCCGAGUCCAUCCACUCAGUGUGGGUUAAUCUACUCCCAGAAUUAAAUGUUGGCGUAUUCGGGGACCUGUCACAUGGGGCUGAGAAACGCCCACCCUGGCAGUCCAGCUUUCUGUCAGUUCACCUCAGAGCCAGGGAACUGAGGCUGCCCGCCCAGGCUCCCAUCUGUCUGCCUGGUGGUGGCUUAAGCAAGAGUUUUACAAACCUUACAUCCUGUGUAGAAACGGAAGUGGAGAAAGCAGCCCACAGAGGGUGCGCCCUUGCUGGUCAGUUUCUUAUGACAGGAUUUGGGCUUCUCCAUGAGAGGACUCUCGUAUACACCCUGUGUCAGCAUCAUGGCCAACAUCGGUUGCCCAGGGACACUGGGGUUGUGGGGAAGGACUGGGGAGGAGGCACCAGUGGGAAGCCCAGUGUUUCUGUUUGUCCAUCACAGGAGCAACAGGCCCUCCUGUGAAUUAGGGAUGGGCUGUGGGCUGUGAUGCUUUUUCUACAAAGCUUGGGACAUAGCCCCUAGGAUCCUGGGUUCUAUUUCUAUUCCCUGACCAGACUCCCCUAAACACUAUCUGACAUCUCAUGGUGCAGGUGACAGAUGCUCUGUGUCACACACCCCUGACCCUAUAUGGGGGUAAAGUGUACUCCUUCAGCCCCCACAGCCAAAAUCACUUCUAUAGCCUUCCUGAGCUCACCCUCCCAGGGUGUGUAUGCCCUACAGCGCCUGGUUCCAGUUCAGGUGUAUUUCUAGCCCUGCCAGUGGCUGUCUUUGUACAGAUUGGGCAAGCAAAGGGAGGGCAGGGCGUCUGAACACUUAGAGGAAAGACUCAAGUUUUCUUUAUGUUGCUUUAUCAUUAAAUAGUCAAAACGGUGAAAACUAUGUUCUUAAGAUUCAACAACCUGCAGGGUGUGGUGAUGGAAAAUUUUGAUCCCAGCACUCUGGAGGCAGGGGCAGGUGGAUCUGUGAGUUCGAGACCAGCCUGGUCUACAGAGCAAGUUCCAGGACAGCCAGGGCUCUACACAGAGAAACCCUGUUUUGAAAAACAGAGAGAAGGAGAGUGAGAGUGAGAGAGAAUAAUGCAGCUAGACUGGAAGGAACCUGGAACUGUCUCUCUUGCUAGCAUUGGCCUACUGUUUUGCACAGGGUCCUGGCUUGAAGGCCCAGCACUACACAAACUCACAAACUAGGAAUGUGUUCCAGGGAUGUCAUUCUAGUCGAGGCAGGAGGAUCGGAGGUUUGGAGUCACCUUUGAGUAUGUAGGAGGUCUGAGACUAGCCUGGAGCUAUAAGAGGCUGACACAAGGGUGGGGGGAGAAAAAGGAAGGCCCGUCAAAGACUCUGUGGGCCAGUCAGUUCUUUCCCAAGCAUAGUUGUGGAGAUCCUGCCCCCCCCCCCCUCCAGCUAAGGUCGGUGGUGACAUUUUGUGUCAACUAAAUCACCUCUGACUUUAUCUUGGACUUAGUCUCAGCUUCCUGGUGCUAGAAGAGGUUUCCUCGGUUCUACUCUGAAUGCCCACAGAGGAAACCACCUGUGGUUUUCUUGCAACUGGGGAUUUGGCUGGCAGAAUGGCUCAUCUGAAGACACUUGUCACCAAGCCCGAUGACCUGAGUUAGACCUCGGGAUCCAUGAGGCAGAAGAAGAGAAAUGACCCCUUUAUGCCACCGUCUCCCCUCCACAGUGAGCAAGGGUGUGUCCACAGUCAAUGUCAGACAAAAAAAAAACAAAACAAAAAAACAAAAAACGUGAAAACUGAAUAAUGUGGAAACCUUGUUUCUUCCUCCAAUGAACGGUGAUUUGAACUUUUUGAUUCUUCCAUUAGGUUUUACCAAGGAUGGGUGAGGGGGUCACUAAGUGAACAGAAGCUGCUGUCUGUACAGAUGGCCAAGAGGGACGGGGGCUGUUGAGUUUAUAGACAGAAGCUAUGCAUGGGGAAUGCUUCUCUGCAGGAGACUCGGGAGUAGCCAGCAUCCGGAGCCUUAUCCCCCUGUCCUCCCAGGGAGGAAUGGCCAUGGCUUUGGUUUUUCUUGUUCUUGUUUGGGGGGUACCAUGAUGUAGACCAGGCUGGCCCUGAACCCCCAAAGAUCCACCUGCCUGUGCCUCCUAGUGCUGGAAUCAGAGGCACACAUCAUUAUGUCCAGCUGGCAUUCUUGCCUGCUCUGCGGUGCAAUUAUAGGUCGCCCCGCCAUACUCUGAUACAGUGCUAGGGGUAGGACCCAGGGCUUCCUGCAUGCUAGGCAAACAUUCUACCAACUGGGCCUUGGCCCCAUCCUGGUCUCUGUUUCCACGUGCUCAUUCUGCUCCUGGCUCCACGCUAGCAAUUCUGAAGCAACACUGAAUCAACUCUGGUCUGGCGCUGCCUAUUCUCCCUAUUAUCCAGUCCAGAAAAAGAAAUGUAUAAUAAAAAAAAAGGAAGCCAUCAUGCCUGUGCAUUGUAUAUUGCUUAAGUUGACGGCAAAGUUAACUGUUUGUG